AUGGCCGGCGCCGCCGGGGGCCUUCUCCCCGUGCUCGUCGUCGCAGCAUUGCUGCUUCAAGCGCCUUCCGCCGCGUCCGCCCGCCUCUGGAUCUGGAACGGCGGCCUCGUCCCCUUCGUCCCGGAGCCCCGCGCAGCGGAGGCGGUGCUCACCGCCGCGGAGUCCGAGUCCGCCGGAGCGACGGGGCCCGCCGCCGGUACCGUCGCUGCUGGCGCGGAGACAGAUCCGCCGCUCUCGCCCCCGCCGGUUUCAGCCGCAGCCACGACGCCAGCCCCGACGCCAGCCCCGGGGACGCCAGCCCCGACGCCAGCCCCGGCGGCGGCCCCGGCGGCGGCGCCCUCGCCCGCGCCAGCUCCCGCGGAGACGUGCGACGACGCGCCUGUGGACCCUUCGAUCGUGUCGGGGUCUGCGCCCGAUCCGUGCGCUGCUCUGGCGGCGGAGCUGACGCGGAGUGAGGAGAAACUGGGGAACAAGACUGGAGGGAAAUGGUUCGCAGCCCCCUCUCUCUUCCAGGCUUGCUACUCAUCAUUUCUAUUCAGGCAGAAGUGCGACGUGGGCGACCUUCAGUCGAUCGCGAACGCGUUUGACAAUCACUACGUGUACAAGCACAUCGCCGUGGACUCGCCGGACCAGACCAACCUGCCGAGCAGCAUCGAUAUUGUCGCGGAGCUGAGAAAGAUCGUCGCGAACGGGGAGAAGGGGAAGUACGCGCGGCUGGUGGACGCGCACAUGGCGGCGUACACAGCGACCCUGGCGCUCAACGAUGGCCACAGCAUGUUCAUUCCGAAUUGUUUCCUUGGGAAUUACGACUUGCCGUUGCCGCUCAUGGCUGUCGGGGAAAACGGGCAGCAGGUCAUUCGCGUUGCGCCACGCCGAUUUCGCUUGCUGCGUUUAGCCCACUCGUCCCCUUUCACGCUUCAUCCAUCCACCCACCCUGCUUGUGCCACAUCCGCUGCAAUUCUCAGGGAUGGAGGUUCAACGGAGGACGUACACGUGCCAUGGAUCGGGACAACUAUGCAUGCUGACUUCGUGAAUGCCACGGGGUACUGGGCGAGUCGCUGUGCCGUACCCAACGCAUCAGGCGCUGCCGCUGGCGACACCAGCAGCCCGCAGGCAACCACGCUCACUUCCAUCGGCCAUAAUGCACAUUCCGGUGAUGGACAGGUGUACCUGGUGGGCGGCAGCACGGCUGUGGUCUGGAUUCACACAUUCACUCCCACUGAUGCAGUGUCAGAGGCGCUGGCGGAGGGAAAUGGCAACGCGGAGAGCUACAUGGUGAAGGAGGUCGCCAAAGCUCUUCUCACCGCUGCAGCGUUAGUACUCCUCUUGCACCCCUUCCUUGUACCCCUUCCAGCCCUCCUUCCUUCUACCCCUUCCAGCCCCCCUUCCUUCUACUUCCCCCACCAGCCCCACUUCCUUCCACCCCUUCCAGCCCCCCUUCCUUCUACUUCCCCCACCAGCCCCACUUCCAUCUACCCCUUCCAGCCCCCCUUCCUUCUACCCCAUCCAGCCCUCCUCCCUACCCUACCCUGCACCUUGUGUCAUGCUAGUACCCUGCAAUCUACUCAUCAUUCACCUCACAUUCUCACCUCAUCACUUCCUCACCCUCCUUUCCCUACUUGCCCAUUCCCCCGUGCCUCUGUCCAUGUGUUCCCCCAUGCGUCCCUUCACAAUCCCCCGACGCCUUCCCCCACGCUCCCCACCAUGCCCCCCCCCUUCAGAUCCAACGCCUCGCAGAUCAUAAUAGACGUGCGGGGCAACGGUGGCGGCCACACCGCAGCAGCAUACACAGCCAUCCGUCUCCUCAUGGGGGCAGCCAAGGUCCCCGACUCUGCCUUUUCCCUGCCUGUGGAUUUCAUCGUCGGCACGCAGUACACCGAGAAUGCCAUCAGCGCUCUCUCCCUCGAUCCCAAUACGCACUACUACUAUAGAGGAUACUCGGACCUCAACGGAACGACACUCACAAGCGCCUUUGACUACGCUCCGUUCCGCGAGCUCCGCUUCACAGAAGGCGGCCCUGCUGGGAACUACUCGGCGCCGUUCAAGGUAAAUAGCAAGCCCGGUGUGAAGCUGGAGCAGCCGGUGUUUGGCGACCGCCCCUUCCUGGUCCUGUCGGACGGAAACUGCUUCUCCGCCUGCGGCAUCCUCACACACGUGCUCGGGAAACGCCACAAAGUGCCCAUAGUAACCGUGGGUGGUUUGCCCAACCAGCCCCCUGAUGUGGGCUCCUCGUGCCUCGGGUUUACCCUACCUGACGUCUAUUCAAUGUCACCAGGCCUCAGCAAGCUAGCUGCCUUGAUGCCGCAGAAUGCGUCGCUGCCUCUCAAGGUGAAGGGGACGGUUUCCAUGGCGUUUUCCAAUGCCUACAUGGAUUCAGAGAUUCCGUGCGAGUUUGAGUUUCUGCCCAGCCAGCAUCACAUCAACUACACCGUUGAUCUCAUUGACAAGCCCUGGGCCAUGUGGAGCGAGGUGGCCAAGCUCUUUCCCUCCGCUGCCGUGUAG